GCAUUGGCCAGGAGGACGUGGUGGGCGGGGCUCUCCUGUGGGGGGCGGAGCCAGAGUGCACGGCGGGGACACGGAUUGGUCAGGAAGACGUGGUGGGCGGAGCUCUCCUGUGGGGGCAGAGCCAGAGGACAGGACGGGGACACGCAUUGGCCAGGAGGACGUGGUGGGCGGAGCUCCCCUGUGGGGGCGGAGCCAGAGGGCAGGAUGGGGACACGGAUUGGUCCUAGUGACGUGGUGGGCGGAGCUCUCCUGUGGGGGCGGAGCCAGAGCACAGGACGGGGACACGGAUUGGUCCUGAUGACGUGGUGGGCGGAGCUCUCCUGUGGGGGCGGAGCCAGAGCCAUGUCGGCGGCCACCAUCGUGCACGACCCGUCGGAGGCGGCGCCGCUGUGCCCGGCGCUCGGCCUCUACCUGAAGCCGAUCACGAAGCUGGCGAUCAGCGUGGCGCUGCCCGCGCGCCGUCCGCCGGGGAAGUCGAUCUCCAACUGGGAGGUGAUGGAGCGGCUCAAGGCCAUGGUGGCGGGGGCGGGGCCCGACGACAUCACCGCGGAAGGGGGCGGGGCCUCCACGGCGCCGGCCCCGCCCACCCCGCCGCCGCCGCGGGCGCCGCACGCGCAGUUCUCAUCGCUGCGCAUCGCCAAGAGCACGCUGGACUUCAUCCGCUUCGAGGGCGAGGUGGAGCAGCGGGCGCUGGUGCGGCCGUUCCUGGCGCGGCUGGACGGCCGCGGCCUCAAGCUCGCGGGGUUCCCGGACCCGCUCCGCGUCCGCGCCGCCGAGUUCCGCCCCGACGCCCCCUCCCGCCACGACUGGGACGCCUUCUUCCGCGACGCCGCCGACAUGAACGAGACCCGGCCCGGCGAGAGGCCCGACACCAUCCACCUCGAGGGGCUGCCCUGCCGAUGGUUCGCGCCCCGCGCCGGCCAAGGCAGCCAUGGCGGCGAAGCCACUUCCGCCAGCACUUCCGCCAGCACUUCGUCCACUUCCGCCAGCACUUCGUCCGCCUCCGCCAGCACUCCGUUUUCCGUGUCCACCGGGUCAGAGCGCCCGAGCGAGGCAGUGCUGCGCCAGGCGUUCUCGGCGUUCGGGGAGAUCCGGCAGGUGGACAUCCCAAUGCUGGACCCAUACCGCGAGGAGAUGGCGGCGGUCGGCGGGGUCGGCGGAGGCCUCGGCGUGGGCGGCGGCCUCGGAGGCGUGGGCGGCGGCGGCGUCGGCCGCGGCGGGUUCCACACGUUCGGCUGGGGCGGCGGGCUGCACUUCGAGGCCUACGUGCAGUACCGCGAGUACGCGGGGUUCGUGCGGGCCAUGGCGGCGCUGCGGGGCACGAAGCUCAUGUACAAGGGCGAGGACGGCAAGGCGGUGGCAUGCGGCAUCAAGGUCUCGUUCGAUGCCACCAAGCACCUGAGCGAGGCCUCGAUCCGGCGGCGGCAGCUGGAGCGGCAGAAGCUGCGGGAGCUGGAGCUGCAGCGCGAGGAGCAGAAGCGGCGGGAGCGCGAGGCGGAGGAGCGGCGGAGGGAGGAGGAGCAGAAGCAGAAGCAGCUGGAGCAGCAGCAGCGCGCGCGCCGCCGGGAGGAGAAGCUGCGCCGCCGGGAGCAGCGGGCGCGGGAGCGGGAGCAGCGCCGCAGCCGCCGCCGGGCGGAGAAGCAGCAGGCGGAGGAGCAGCGGCGUCUGCAGGAGAAGAUCCGCACGGAGGAGCGGAAGCUGCUGCUCGCCCAGCGCAACCUGCAGUCGAUCCGGCUGGUGGCCGAGCUGCUGGGCCGCGUGGAGGCCGCGAAGCUGCAGCAGCGCCGCCAGCACCGCGCGCGCCAGGAGGAGCAGGAGCGGCGCCGCCUGCAGGAGGCCGAGCUGCGCCGCGUGGAGGAGGAGAAGGCGCGGGCGCUGGGGCUGCAGCGGCGGGAGCGCGAGCUGAGGCGGCGCCUGCUCUCCCUGCUGCUCGGACGGCGCCCGGCGGGGGACUCGAACCCGGGACCCGGCGCCAACGACGACACCUCGAACCCGGAACCUGGCGCCACCGACGACACCUCGAACCCGGAACCUGGCGCCACUGACGCCCUCCUGCGGCCCGUGCUCGACAUCCUGCACCGCGUGACCCACGCACGGGCGCCCCCACCGCCCCCGACGCCGCCGUUGCCGCCGCAGGACUCGAACCCCGAACCCGCAACGGCGGCGGCGCAGGACUCGAACCCCGAACCCAAGAUGGCGCCCGAGAACGCGACGCCUAAGCCAGGCGCGGACGCCGCGUCGACCCCGACCCGCGACCGCGGCGGCGGCGAGCGCGACAAGGGCGACCACCGGGGGCCCGAGUGCGAGGAGUCGCGCGGCGGCCAUCGCCGUCGUCGCGGUCGGCGCCGCCGGAGCAGCCACGGCCACGGGCACCACGGGCACGGCCGCCGUUCUCGGUCCCGGUCCCGGUCGCCACGGAGACGCGGGGCGUGGACCCGGUGAGGACGGACGGACGGACGGCCCCGGGGCAUGCUGGGAACCGGGUCCGAGUGCGAGGUUUUUUUUUUUUUGUUGUUUUUGUUUCCGCCCCGGGUGCGAAUUCGAAUCCCUGGGAAGAUGGCCGCCCCCAUUCCCCCCCCACCAGGUCGUUUGAGAUUUUUUUUUUUCCCCGCCCCGGGUGCGAAUUCGAAUCCUCCGUGACCGCGCGGACUCCGCCUGGGUUCAAUAAAGUCGUUGCCCCCCCUGCGCCCGGCGUCUGCGGU